UCUUGGUCGCACUAAGAUGGCAGACAGCCUGUGAGGUCCUGAGGAACUGGAGAGAUGCAUUGCGUAGUCAACAUGGGAGCAAAUGCGUCUCAGCUUGAGAAGGAGAUUGGUUCGGAUCAGUUCCCGGUGAACGAACACUACUUUGGACUGGUGAACUUUGGGAACACAUGUUACUGUAACUCAGUGCUCCAAGCGCUGUACUUCUGCCGGCCGUUCCGGGAGAAGGUCCUGCAGUACAAGGCACAGCCCAAGAAGAAGGAGACGCUGCUCACCUGUCUGUCCGACCUCUUCCACUCCAUCGCCACGCAGAAGAAGAAAGUCGGCGUCAUCGCGCCCAAGAAGUUCAUUGCCAGGUUGAGAAAAGAAAAUGAGUUAUUUGACAACUACAUGCAGCAGGAUGCACAUGAGUUCCUUAACUACCUACUCAACACAGUAGCAGAUCUGCUACAAGCAGAGAAGCAACAAGCCAAAGGCAUCAAUGGGACAGACAACAACUCCAAGUCUGACCCGACCUGGGUCCACGAUAUCUUCCAGGGAACGCUGACCAAUGAGACCAGGUGCCUCUGCUGUGAGACGGUCAGCAGCAAAGAUGAGGAUUUCCUGGACCUGUCAGUAGAUGUGGACCAGAACACAUCUAUAACGCAUUGUUUAAGAGGCUUCAGUAAUACAGAGACGUUGUGUAGUGAGUACAAGUACUACUGUGAGAUGUGCUGCAGCAAGCAGGAAGCACAAAAACGCAUGAGAGUGAAAAAGCUGCCGAUGAUUCUGGCUCUGCACCUGAAGAGGUUUAAGUACAUGGAGCAGCUACAUCGCUACACCAAACUGUCCUACAGGGUUGUGUUUCCCCUGGAACUCAGACUUUUCAACACUUCUGAUGAUGCAGUCAAUGCAGAUAAGAUAUACGACCUGGUGGCUGUUGUCAUCCACUGUGGCAGUGGACCUAACCGAGGCCAUUACAUCACCAUUGUCAAGUCUCAUGGCUUCUGGCUGCUGUUUGAUGAUGACAUUGUGGAGAAAAUCGACGCUCACGCAAUCGAAGACUUCUACGGGCUGACGUCCGAUAUCCAGAAGACGUCAGAGUCGGGUUACAUCCUGUUCUACCAGUCCAGAGACAGUAGUUAGACAUCUGCCUCCUCAGGAGGUACAGGAGAGCAGAACCAGGAGACUUCAAGGCAUAUCAUGGCCCCUGUAGCUCUGUAUGCUGCAGACAUGUCUAGGGCAUGCCGAUAUGAGACGUUACGACCAAACCUGACUGUGAUAAUGUAGACCAGUAGCCUGGUAUCCAUCCUAGUCUAGCUCAGGUUCACUUCUAUGCAGAAUAGUCAGGCACCCAGUAGUGCUGCAUACCGGUUCACUGGACUUGGAUCCGGACUUGUAAGAAUGUUUAAGUUCAAGUCCAAAAAAACCUAAAAGUCAA